GAGAGAGGGAGAGAGAGAACCGCAACAUUCUGUCCAGUUGAAGAAAGUUGUAGUAAGUGUGCGCUCGCGAGGAAAGUGCCCAGGACAGAUGCCCACCUGCGUGAUGGAGCGCAACUCCACGUGCAAGCAAUUCGCCCCACUAUGGUCCUGCAGGGCGACAAUCACAACUUUCUAAUAGUAACCUGCCUCAAAGCCAGCCAUGUGAGCAUGCACCUUUGCGUCCAAGGGGUCUUUCAUGGUCGCGGAACGCUCGCCCUCGCGCCUUUCUCCUUCGUCGGAACCCAGACGAAACUCCGAAGAUGAAUGCCCUCACUCUGUCCUUCGGUUGCUGUGCGCUUUUGUGCUUGCACUUGGUAACGCAAGCCCUGGGCUUUGACCCAAAAUCGAGGCGAACGUCCUCAGCAACGAAUGGCGCCACCGAGAUCUCGCGCAUCCGCGCGUCCAAAGCGAUGCACCCGCACCGGCCAGCGCACGCGCCCUCAGGGCUCACCGCACGCGCCAGCGGAGCAAAAGCCGCGCACGCGCCCUCAGGGCUCACCGCACGCGCCAGCGGAGCAAAAGCCGCGCUCGCGGCGCAUCAACGAGCCUCGGCAAAAAGAAGCGUGAAGAUAAAGGGCAAAGUGGAUGAGAGAGAGACACCGAGACAACCGGUUGUCAUACCACAUGAUUACAUGCUGUCUCUUUACUGGUCUCUGUCCACUGGGCAGAGAAACCGGAGCGCAAUGCACGAGGUGGCCAUUGCUAACACCAUCACGAGCUUCGUGGACAAAGGACAAGAUGAGAAUGUGCCCCUGUUAAGGCGCCAGAGGUAUUACUUUAACAUUAGCUCCCUGGACAAGGAAGGACUGCUGGGAGCUGAAUUACGCAUUCUUCGAAAGCCCUUCAUUGAUCCUCUUAGAAUCUCUGCCACAGAGGGCAGAACCUCUCUUCGGCUUUACACAUGUGCCACAAAUAACCAGGGGGCUAUGCUGCUCCACUCACAGCCCAUAGAUGAUCGCAGCAUCACAAAAUGGGAGGUUUUUGACAUUUGGAAACUAUUUAAGAGUUUCAGAAAAACUGUUCAUCUUUGUUUUGAGUUGGAGGCAAUGGAUCGGGGCCGUCCCUUGGACCUCAGAUCAUUAGGUUUGGAUCGCUCAGGCCGGCAAAACAAGGAAAAGGCCUUUUUUGUGGUCUUUAGCCACACAAAAAGGCAUGGUCUCUUUUAUAACGAAAUCAAGGCACGCUCAGGCCAUGACAACAAAACUGUCUAUGAGUACCUGUUUACACAGCGCAGGAUGCGGCGAGCACCACUAUCACGUGUCAAGAAGCCAAGCAGAAGUCCAAAGACACGGUGCACUCGCAAGCAGCUGCAUGUUAACUUUAAGGAGAUGGGCUGGGAUGACUGGAUCAUUGCACCCUUGGAGUAUGAGGCUUUCCACUGUGAUGGAGUCUGCGAUUUUCCCAUCCGCUCACAUCUGGAGCCCACCAAUCAUGCUAUUAUCCAGACACUCAUGAACUCCAUGGAUUCUAACUUGACACCACCCACUUGCUGUGUACCAACCAGGCUUAGUCCUAUCAGUAUCCUCUACAUUGACUCAGCUAAUAAUGUUGUUUACAAGCAAUAUGAGGACAUGGUGGUAGAAAGCUGUGGCUGUAGAUAAAAAAAAAAAUACAAGAAGACAAUGAUAUUGCAUUCUGGGGCUUUCUCUGUGGCAUCAGUAUCUUCUCUCACUGCAGAUCUUCAAACUACUGUUAGACUUGUUGGGUUCAAGCAUAUAAUUUCGGUCACAUUCUCCUAUUUGUUAUUCUUGUUAUUAUUUCUCCUAUUGAUUGCAGUACACAGACAGUACACAACUUUUCUAAGAUCAGUUAAACCUACUUAUAAGGAUAAGUCCAUACUGGUGAUUUCAAUGCUUGAAAAAUCUCCAUUUCACGACAGAAUUUCUUGUAUCUGUUUCAUGACCCAAGUAAAUAUUCAAAUAUUUAAUUGCUCACACACUAACCUAAACUUGUAGAUCACCUUCAAUAAAAAAUAAAUGAAUAUAAAUCCCCAGACUCAAUUUAAUAUCAUAUAUUAUCUGCUUACUACCUCUAGAAAAAGCCUGAGAUUAAGCCAUGUAAUUCAAAGUUCUUAACUUAUCCUGAGAAUGUUCCCUGUAUUUAUAUUUAAGCCGGUUGCUUCAUUUUCAUUUCUGGGCAAUCCAUUUAGUCAAUAAUUACUUACUGUAGUAAUGUUCCUCCAACCCUUUCUGAACGUUUUUGUAGGGUGGCAGGGCACAAUACUCUGCAAAGAUGCCACUGCACAGUACUCAGAUCCUAUAGGUGCACUACACCAGUUUUUUAGACCCUGCAAACUAUGCAAGGCUCCACCCCCUUGUGUUAAAACUCAAAGUGUUAAAGUUGAGAAUUUUGGGAAGAAAAUAAAGUAUAACUAUCUUUAACAGUAAUUAG